AUGCACUAUUUGAUCUACUACAACUCAACACAAUCCAAAUUGGAUGAAACGUGGAUUUAUUACUGUGUUUUGACUUAUUUCGAGUUUGCCUGCAUAUGUUUGAGGUCAGGCAGUUCUGGCGAGACACUCUGAUUCUGAAUCUUCAGUUAUCCUCUGGUUAUUUUUCUGGGAUUCCAACUUUUCAAGCAUCGAUUAUUUCAUACAAACCUUCAAAAUUGCGUUAGAGCGGCCGUUGUGGAGUAUCUGAUUCAGCUGUCUUCGCGCAGUGUUCAGAUAUUUUUGAUAUUCAAUUCAGAAGAGAACGGACUAGGUGAGAACGAGAAUACUUCCCGACUUAAAGACCGCUCAGCCAUUUUCAGCCUUCUACUAUUCGUCUUUAGUCAGAUGUACUUGCUAUUUCUUCGGUAAGUCCGUCACUCAAGUUCUCACUAUGAACUCCUCUCAUCAGUAUCCUUCACCCUUCCUGGAUUCGUUGUCGAACGCUGCUGUGCUUCGUACUUUCUGUCGGAUUACGAAAAGAAAGAUCGUCACUACAUAAGCAUUCUGCUCCUGUUCACAAUGUCGGUAUGCGGAGCCAUACUCUCUUGGCUCUACCAUCAAUGUGAGCAUUUUGAAGAAAUUCCCAGUUAGAUAAUCCGUUUUCAGCCGAGAGCACUUUGAUUUACCACGUCUUCAUGCUCGCCAUGAACAUCGCGUCUUCUAUUGUAAUUGCAAUAAUAGAAAAGUACAACUACAAGAGGCUCUACGAGAGUUCAAAUCUUCGAAAAAGCAAAAGAGAGUACGCGUUGGCGGAGCGAUUUCAGAUUUCGGAAAACAUUCGAGUUUGCGAGGUUCCAUUUGUUGGUCUGGAGAGUAUUUACAUCCGGCUUUUUCAGUUUAUGAAGACUAUCAUCAACGUCGUCGCCAUCUUCAACCUACUUUCUACCAUUUCGGCUGCACUCGACAACUUUGAUUUCUCGCCGGUCAUUCUAAACAUGGCCUCAACGUUUUUCAAUUUUUGUGUUUUGACGUAAGUUAUCAUAAGAAAAGAUUGAAACUAUAUCACUGUUCUCAGAUACGGUACCCUAGUGUUCUUCCUUUUCUACUACCUCGUUCCACAGUUCCGUGCCGAAUUGAAAGUGGUCUUUACGAGAGUGAGCGGAGCGCGCAAGAUAGAAUUCAAAUAGAACCCGAUUUCAGUUGAGGAUCAUGAAUCCAGUGUCCCCUUUCCCGGACAUGGAAAAGGAGAAACCGGUGGAAAUGGCUGCUCUGGAGACGGACGCCUACUUCAAACAACUUAAGAAUCAGUGGUUGUGA